UGGGUCUGAAAAUUUGAAUCAAGAUAACGAAGGGAAAUGACUGGGAUUUUUCCAGUCUUCCUUUCUUCUUCGUCAGCAACCGUAGAAGACUAGCUAUGUGCGUCUUCUUCAUUGAUCCUUUUUGAUAAUUUCAAAUAACUUGUCUUUCACGUUCCCGCACGCCACAGGGGAAGGGAACUAAUGUAUGUGAACUUUCGUUGUUUUGGAUCUCACGGAAUGAAUUCCAUGCAUUCGAUGAAAUGCUCGAAUGAAUUCUCUCAGGGCAUUAAUAAUGAAUGAUGGUUUCUGUUCCUUUGUUUUUUGCUUGCAAAGCAUAUAAAACCCUAAACUUUUACGCUAACAUUGUACCUUUGCUUGUUUAUUGUUAAUUUAAAUUAUUGAUUUUAUUAUUACUCUGCCUCUGCUAUUCAUUCAUCUCCCCUUGAUUUUGAUUUGGAUAGGGACUUUUGUGAAUCGAAUGUAUGACCAAAUUCCCAUUUAAGUUUCAGUUUGUUCAAUGAUGAGCAGUAGAAACGGUAUGGAUUCUCAGAAGUUGUUUCUGCAAUCUUUUUUCCUAAUCCUCCACUUUACUGUUUGUUCUUCCAAAGAUACCAUAACUGUAAACCAAACUAUUCAAGAUGGUAAUCUUUUAAUCUCCAAGGGAAAGAAUUUUGCUUUAGGAUUUUUUAGCCCCGGAAGGUCCAGGUAUAGAUAUCUUGGAAUCUGGUACUAUAAAGUUCGAGAGCAAACUGUCGUUUGGGUAGCAAAUAGGAAUGAUCCAAUCAAUGGCUCCUCAGGAGUUCUAUCAAUUAACCAAUAUGGAAAUCUCAUUCUGUAUAGCAACCUUAAACAGAAAAUUCUUGUGUGGUCAACAAAUGUUUCAGUGGAAAUGACAGGCACUUGUGUAGCUCAGCUUUUGGAUUCAGGAAACUUGGUUUUGAUCCAAGAAAGAAGUAAAAGAGUUGUGUGGCAAAGCUUUGAUUAUCCUACAGAUACCCAUCUACCAGGAAUGAAGCUUGGGAUGAACCGGAAGACAGGUUUUCACAAUUUCUUAACAUCAUGGAGAUCAGCAGAUGACCCUGGAAUUGGAGAUUACUCCAUUGGGUUGAAUCCAAAUGGAUCACCACAAGCCAUUCUUUACAGGGGUACAGAACCGUAUUGGCGAAGCUCCCCGUGGCCAAUAAAAAUGUACGUGGAUGUGCGAAACUUCACUUUUGUUAACAAUCAAGAUGAGGUAUAUAGUACCUUUGAUCUCGUUGAUGAUUCUGUUAUACUAAGGAUAAAGUUGGAUUAUUCAGGAUUGGUUAUGCACCUAACAUGGCAUGAAAGUGACGGGAAAUGGAAGGAAUUUUAUUCAGCACCUAAUUAUCGGUGUGAGUCAUAUGGUUAUUGUGGUGCUUUUGGCAAGUGUGAUCCUGUGCAUGUUCAAAGAUUUGAAUGUGAUUGUUUACCUGGGUACGAACCCAAGUUUCUAAGGGACUGGAAUAUUCUGAUGGAUGCUUCUAGUGGAUGUGUUAGGAAGCGGCAAGAAUCAUCUCCAAUGUGCAAGCAUGGAGAAGGGUUUGUGGAAGUAGCAAGUGUUAAGAUUCCUGAUACUUCAGCUGCAGUUUGGUUGGGCUUGAACAUGAGUCCUAUGAACUGUGAACUGGAAUGCAGGAGGAAUUGUUCAUGCUCUGCGUAUGCAAGCAUAGCUAUUCCUGAGAAAGGGACUGGUUGCUUGGCAUGGUAUGGUGAAUUAAUGGAUACAAUGGUUGAUAUGGAAGCAGGAUAUAAUAUUUAUGUUCGUGUUGAUGCGCUUGAAUUAGCGAGGAACAAAUGGAAUGAAAGAUUGCUUCAUACAAUCACUGAUGCAUACCCCAACGAUACCUUGGUGGCAAAUGAAGGUAGAAUGAGUCAUCCAGACAUAACAAUUUUCAAUCUCAGCACAAUACUUGCUGCGACGAACAAUUUCUCUCCAACCAAAAGACUUGGACAAGGUGGUUUUGGCUUGGUUUAUAAGGGUCAACUAUCAAACGGACAAGAGGUGGCUGUGAAAAGACUAUCUAAAAAUUCAGAACAAGGAAUAGAAGAAUUCAAAAAUGAAGUUAUGUUGAUCGCAAAACUUCAGCACAAGAAUCUGGUGAAGCUCAUAGGAUGCUGCAUUCAGGGAGAAGAACCAAUGCUAGUUUAUGAAUACUUGCCAAACAAAAGCUUGGACUCAUUUCUUUUUGAUGAAACAAAAAGGGCAAUUCUAGAUUGGAGAAAACGGUUUGAUAUUAUUGUUGGAAUUGCUCGCGGGAUCUUAUAUAUUCACCAAGAUUCAAGGUUAAGUAUUAUCCAUAGAGAUUUAAAAACAAGCAACAUUCUAUUGGAUGCAGAAAUGAACCCAAAAAUUUCAGAUUUUGGCCUAGCUAGAAUCUUCAAGGGUGACCAAAUUCAAGAAAAGACUAACAAAAUAGUUGGAACAUUUGGCUAUAUGUCACCAGAAUAUGUGAUGUUUGGAAAAUUUUCAACAAAAUCUGAUGUCUUUAGUUUCGGAGUCAUAUUAUUAGAGAUCAUUACAGGGAAGAAGAACAGUAGCUAUUUUCAAGAGGAUUCUUAUAUGAGCAUGACAGGCCAUAUAUGGCAUUCAUGGAGAGAAAAUACACCAUUGGAGAUAGUUGAUUCAUCUCUAAGGGAGUCAUGUCCUCCUCAUGAAGUAUUGAGAUGCAUCCAGAUUGGGCUCUUAUGUGUGCAAGAAGAUAUCUUGGACAGACCAACAAUGUCAGCAGUUGUUUUAAUGUUGAAUAGUGAAACCACUCUUCCUCCUCCAGGACAGCCUGCAUUCAUUCUUAGAAAGUCUUAUAAUAGUUCUAGCUCAUUUGCAAAAAGAGAUGGAUUUUAUUCUGUGGAUGAGGAAACAAUUACCGAGGUUGUAUGUCGCUAAAUAUAUUCUUCCAUUAGUUAUAAACAAAUUUUUAGUAUAAAAUUUGUAGACUAAUUUUUAUAA